UCCCCCGGCCCUGCCGCUCCUCCCCGGCCUCCGCAGCCCCGGUCCGGCGGGCGUGCCACCCACAGCCAGUGGCUCUGUCCAUGAUGCUGCAGUGCAAACACCCUCAGGAAUUCAGCUUCGGGCCCCGGGCUCUGAAGGAUGCACUGAUCUCCACUGAUCCAGCCCUGCAGGAGCUCUAUGCCAAGGCUUUCUCCAGGGCAGAAAAGCUGUUCCUCUCUGAAGCCUACAACCCAGAGAGAACCCUCUUCUGCACGCUGCUCAUCCGGACAGCGUUCGACUGGCUCCUCAGCCACCCUGAUGCUCCUGAGGAUUUUGAGACAUUCUAUCAUGCCAUGCUGAGGAGGAAGCAGAACUUCUAUCGAAAGCACAUCUACCUGCAGCCUAUAGACUUAACUGAAGGACCUGCUGGGCUCUCGUUGCUGGAUUCCCUCCAGAGCUGUGUUGAGUCUUUCUUCCUGGGUCUCCGUGUGAAGUGCCUUCCCUCCAUCCCCAUCUCUUCCAUUCACUGCUGCUACCGCCACAGCCAGGACUCAGACAGGGUGCAGCUUCAUGCAGAUGGGAUCCUGAAUUUCCUGAAGAACAACAAGCCCAUGGAUGCCCUCUGUGUCCUUGGACUCACUCUGCUGGACCUUUAUCCAUGUGAGACCUGGAGCUUCACGUUCAGCAAAUUCCUGCCAGGACAAGAAGUGGGAGUCUGCAGCUUUGCCAGAUUUUCUGGGGAUUUCCCCCAGGCUGGCUGUAGCAGCUUGAAUCCCCUCACACAGAAGGAACAGUUACAUGAAGACAGCAAAGAAAGCAGAGCCCAAGCACUGCUGUUCAGUGCCCAAGAGAUGGUUCAGUGCUGCAAGGUGACCUGUCACGAGAUCUGCCACCUGAUGGGGCUGGGGACCUGUCGUUGGCUGCAGUGCAUCAUGCAGGGUGCCCUGAGCUUGGAGGAAGCUCUGCUGAGGCCCCUGGAGCUCUGCCCCAUCUGCCUCCGCAAGCUGCAGCACGUCGUGGGCUUCAAGCUUGUCGAGCGUUACCGGAAACUCUACGCUUGGACACAGACUGUGUUGUCCACAUGGCCAAGACAAGAGUCAACAGAGCUGUCAUCCUCAGAAGACAUCCUCCCAUUCAGCUCAGACUCUGGGAUGUGCUGUGAGAACGACUCCGAAGCUGUGACCUCCUUGUCUGAGCCCCUGACACCAGACACUUGCAGCCAGGCCCUCUCCAUCGGCCAGGAGCUGGAGCAGGAUGAGCAUUCCUGUUCCCUGGCAGAGGCACCCAGCCAGCCCCAGCUCACCAAGCCCACCAAAUCCACAGAUAUCAUUAAAGAUUAUGAACUGUGGCUGGAGAUGUGCAUUGCUGCCCUGGAGAGGAAUGUCUCCGAGGAGGAACUGGCCCAAGUGGACAAGACGGUGGAUGCUCUGGCUAAGUGGGAAAUGUUUACGGGACAGCUGCCUGCUAUGAAGAAGGACCUACCCUUUGCAAGGGACAACACUGGGCUACGGAAAGUUCUUGGAGACAAAUUUUCCUCCUUGAGAAGGAAACUGAGCUCCAGAAAACUGUCCAAAGGGGAAUCAUCCCCUCAUCGGUGGCGGUGGGAGGAAAACUAA